AAGUUUGCUGUGCCUGCUGCGGUGAGCCAAGGAAGCCGGGGCACUCUGUCGCUGAGACUUUGCUCACAGCCUUCCAGACUCUUGCUGACUUCUCCCCGGCUGGGCCUAUAGUUGCGAAGCCUUUUUUCAUCUUUUCACAACCGCAAAAACCAGCAGCCGGGGAGGCUCCAAAGAGAUCAAGAUGUGGACCGCGCCAGUGUUGGUUUGGAUUUUCGGGAGUGCGUGGUUCUGGCACUUUGCGCAGGGAGGGGCUAUAGGCGGGCUAGAAGAUGAUAUUGUGACCCCAGGUCCAGGACAUGGCAUGGCGAUCCGAGGUCUAGAAGAGGGAAUAGCAACCAUAGGUGCUACUGGAGGACUGAAUGAACCUACUGGCAAGGCACCUCUGGUACCAACAGAGAGAGAGAGUAGAACAAAGCUUCCCAUUGAGGAUUUCUCAACCCCAGCUGUCCCAGGCCGUGGUCAUGAAGAACAUAAGAGUACAACCACUGUCAAAAUGGUGACGAGCCACUCUGCGGAGAAGGAAACAAGUCACCCCAACAGAGAUAACACAGCUGACGAAACACAGACAACAGAUAAGAAAGAGGGCUUGGCAGUCGUGACCCUGGUUGGAAUCAUAGUUGGUGUCCUGUUAGCCAUCGGCUUCGUUGGAGGGAUCAUCGUUGUGGUUAUGAGGAAAAUUUCUGGAAGGUUCUCUCCCUAAAGAACUGAGCAGAUCCGGCUGUUCUCCCAACACAUCAGAAAACAAGAGAGCUUCCAACUUCCCCUGUUCCCCGUCUUCUGCUGUUGGAGGAAGAUGACCCAUGGAAUGCCCACCCCACCCACCACCAUGGCGACUCCUCUACUGUCAGAAGUACCAAAGGAAAGAUAGAUGACAAGCCAUGGCCCCUUGAAGCAUAUGCCUUUGGAAAACAGACAUUUUUAAUAUAAAUUUUAUAAUAAAUGAUUCAAAAGACAGCAUGUAUAGAAAAUGGAGUGAAACUACAUAAACUGACUUGUAACCAAGACGGCAUCACCAAUUGGCUUUAGCAAUUGUAACCAUGGCUUCAUCCUGGUCAUUCCCUGCUACUGUUAAGAGGCAGAGGAAUCUGGAAAUGUUUAUUGAAUCUGUGGAGUUGUUGGCUCUAAUGUUACGUCAAAGAAGCAUGGGUUUUUGUUUUUUUUUUU